AUGCCACCUUCGUCUCCUGGGUUCCCCAUUUUACCGCCUCCUCUUUUCUCAAAAACCCUUGUACGAUCGUAUGGCAACUCCAGUCGCCGGAGAACCCCUUCAAAAUUCCGACCACCACCUCAUCCACCCAGAUGACAAUUUCACUAUUUCCCAAUUGAUUCGAUCCAAACACUCUGACCCUAUUUCCCCUCCCCCUCCUCCCCCUUCUUCUCCCUUAACCUCUUCUCUGGGCAAACGGAAGAAAUCGAAGCCCGUCAGAUAUGGCAAUUUUACUAGUGACAAGAAAAAUUCGCCUUCGGUACGUGAUGCUGCUGCUCAAGACUCUUCAACCAAGUCUCCCAGCUCCCAAAAAGGAAGCUCUGCAACCAAACAUGCGAACUCAAAAUCCAAAAGCCCACCCGCCAUGACUAAAGCUGGUGAGGUCCAGUUGAGCUUAGGAACGGAGCAUCCAAGCUGUAUAAAGAUGGUCAAAGGACUUACUGACACCGCGUAUUGGAUGGGUUUUCCACUGUGGUUUGGGAAGUUGUUUUUACCGAAAGUUGAUUCUGAAAUGGUGAUUGAAGAUGAAUACGGGGAGAUUCAUCAUGUUAAAUACAAUGCUGAGAAGAGCGGGAUGAGUGCAGGAUGGAAGAAGUUUGCGGCUGGACAUAACUUGCUUGAUGGAGAUGUUUUGGUCUUUCAUUUGGUCGAACCUUACAAAUUCAAGGUCUAUAUAGUUAGGGCGAAUGAUCUGAAGAAAGCAGACGAGACUAUUGCACGUUUAAAUUUGGAGGCGCGCACUGCACAAACGACUACAGAAACCGAUACGCCAUCUCCUACAACGAAGAAAACCAAGCAUGAAAAGCCACUCUCAUUAACCAUUGUCCGAAAAAAGAACAAGCUAUCAACACAGGUUAUCAGUCCAAACAUGGAACAAUCCGGAAACAAUAGUGAAGAGAUCGGAUCAGAAGUUCUAGAAGGUUCCAGACCCUCUAAACCAGACCUUUCAUUUCAAGAACUUGAAGCCUUUAAAGACUUCCACAUAAUGGUCAAAGGGGUGUGCAUCGACUCCGAGCUUCCAGAUGACGUCAGAAUGAAUUAUUUCAAACUCUGCAUGGACAGGAAAGAGUUCUUGCAUGAUUGUCUUCCCGACAACUUUUAUCACAAGUUGGUAGCGGGUAUGAUCGGCGAAACUGUCAACAUUGCAAACGAUAUCAAAAACUGCAAGCUCACUACGACCAAGGAAGAAUUCGAUUCAUGGGAUAAUUCCCUAAAGUCGUUUUCUCUGCUGGGAAUGAAAGUCGGGUUUUUACGAGACAGGAUUUCUACACUUUCAAGACUCGCGUUUGAAUCCGAAAACCGGUUGGAUAUCGAGAUGUACAUGGAGGCCAAGGAGGAAGAAAAACGUGUCGAUGAUGAGAUCAAAAGGCUUUCGGAAGAGCUCAAGAAACUGAAGGAUUCGUCUAGAAAGGUGAAGGGUAUUGUUGAUGUCUUGAAACAGAAGACUGGGCGGCAUGAAGCGAGGUUCCAAGAAGCGAUUAAUGCACCAUGGUAGAAGUUGAAAGGUAUGUGGAAGAAAGGUUGCUUAUUUUUAUGUAUGUUUUAAGUUAUCUUGAAUGUUUUUUACUGUUAUGCUAGUGACUAGUGAAGUAGGAAACUUGUGUACAAUUUUAGAGACUUGUUUGCUCUUCAUUGUGGCAACUUGUUUUGUUAUGAUUCUGGUAGAACUAAAGUAGUUCUUGUUAUUUUGUUUGUGUUUCAUGCUGUGGAUAUAUAGUUUUUGUUAUUUU